UGACACGUCUCAAUUUGACACAGCGCACGAUGGCUCGAUGGCUCUCCAUCUGACAUCCUCGAUUCGAGGCCGGGAUGCGAUUCUCCCUCAGGGCCAUGAGAGGAGAGAAUUCCAUGUGCGUGCUCGUGUCUCGAUGACCUCGGGUGCUUGGCCCGAAGGACUCGUGUGCUUGGCAGGCACUGCCGCAACUUGGGUGGGCGCUCACAGGUCUCGGAUGGCCAGGAGCCAGCGGAGCAGACGGAGCAAUGGCAAGACCAGCGAGGUCUUUCAACCAUUCUGGGAAGGUUUCGCGGUGCAACCGUCCUGGCAUGAGCGAGCGCUCGAUGUCGCCGAAGUGCCUGGUGCUGGACGUGGAUGGGUGGCACGCAGACAGGUCCAAAAGGGCGAGUUGCUACUGUCCAUCCCUCGUGUGGCAGCAAUCGAAGUGGACAUGGAUGAAGACAUGGAGGGGUGGGAAGCUGAGCUGGCGCUCAAUGUGUUGCGAAGGCUGGACCGGCUGGGCCCAGCUGCGGACCCAAGGCUUAGGCAGAAGCACGAACUACAGGCUUUGUGGCAAGACUAUGCCAAGACCUUCCCCGAAGCACCGGCGGGUGCAGCGUUCUGGCCACAGGAUGCAAUCAUCACUCUGGGGUGGCCUGCCACGGUCGAGCAGCUUUUGGCUUACUCUCAGCAGAUCCAAGAGUCUGCUCAAUGGGUCUCUGGAAAUGGCAACGUGCCGCGGGACGCAGCGUGCUGGGCAGUGAGCGCUGUGAUUACUCGCUCCUUUGCAGUUGAUGAUGAGGUGCGGGCAAUGAUUCCUUUGGCAGAUAUCUUCAACCAUGAGCCUCGAUCUGCCUCUUCAGACGUACACGAAGUGGCUUGGUCUUUGGAGGGCGAUCGCUUCGAGGUCCAUGCCCCUCAGACGGUGAUGCCGGGCGAGGAGGUGCGAAUUUGCUAUGGCGAAGAGUCCGCGGCGGAGCUGUUGGCGGUGCAUGGGAUGGUCCUCCCAAAGAAUGAGGCAGACUACUUGGAGGUGUUUGAAUCAGUGGAGGACCUUGUGGCAGCCGUGGAAAGCAUUUGUGGGGCACCUCGCCGAGAUCGACUGGCUCGCUUGGAGGUGAUUCCAGUGGACGACCUUUUGGUGCGUCCAGGCCGCUUGGAGGCAUCGGAGCCGCUGCUACGGGCGCUGCAGGCCAUGCUUUGUGAAGAUGAUGAGCUUUGUGAUCCAGGCGAACGACGCUUGCGAUUGGUAUGCUCAGAGGAGCGGCAGCAGAGCCUGCGCCUUGAGGCCUUGCUUCUCCUCGCGCAGAUCUUGCGCGGAGCUUUGCGGGUGAUCCAGGACAUGCCAGAUGCUGGUAGCCCAGACUUGGCUGUGAGGUAUCGAAGGCACGUGGCCGAGAUGUUGAACCAGUUCGUCAGGGAAGCCAACGACGCCUCCAGCGCGGGCGUAUUGAAAAGGCUUUUCCGCAGAAAGCGUCGCUGCUGCGUGGGCGAGACUGUCAUCACCUGACAAACGGUUGGGAAGGAUUACAGUAAGUUCCAUCUUCGUUUUUGAAUGUUCUUUUGCAC